AUGGUAGCUGUGUAUACAGUGUUCGGAUUCUUCUGCCAAUGGUUUCUGUCCCGGAUUCAUGUGCUUGGAUUUGUCUCUGAGAAGUCAAUGUACACCGUUCAAUCAGUUCCCAUAGAGGAGAUCAUGGGCCUGUUUGUACAAUCAAUGUUGUCGCUCUUUAUGCUCUUUAACGCUACAUGCUUUGACUCUAUUUCUUUUCGACGGAAGCGUAGUAAACCUUUGGCUAUUGCAAUGUUUACGCUGUGUUUCAUAGGCUCUGUAAUUGCUUCUGCGGAUCCCAACUUUACGCUACUGGGUUCUGUACUCAUGCUCCAGUGUGCUGUCAUUGGUUUUCUGUUUACUUUCGUUACUCCUUUCUUCUCUCCCAGUGGCCUGCUCUGUAUUGUUUUCCAUAUGCUGUACAGCUGUUUGACAUUGAAGCACAAGAUUCGACACGGUUUACUGCUGCUGAACCCAGGCCUUUCUCUCUCCUACUACUCCAUUUACAUUGAGUUGGCUAUCGCCUUCUUGUUGCAGGGCCUCAUUCUACAACUCAUACUUCAAUUGACUAUUACAGUCCAUUCCAGCUUCCACAAACGCUUACAGCAAAAAUGUUUAAGCAAAUUGCGCGUGAUUACCAAUCCACAAGCUGUAUUUGGGCAUGCGGCCACCUUGGAAUUCGAGUCGUCGAUGCUGCUUGAGACAAGCUUACGAGCUCGUUUGUUUGAACUCGUAUACUUUAUGCGUCGCGUUCAGCAGUCUGACAACUUACGAGACAGUACUAUGCACAAACUUCGUAGAUUGGACUCACACUCGUUGUUUGAGGAUCUCUGUCUUCCUGCCGAUCGUGUGCGUCCCAUCAUUGCUUUACAGUCUGAGCGCGAAAAGUUUCCCGUUACAGAGUAUUACCAAAAACUCGUUCGUCAUUAUGUAGAAUGUGUUUGCUAUUGGAGUAGCAAGUCGUACACAGACAGAGAACUCGAAAUCCUGUACAAAGUCACAGACAAACUUGCUCACGCGCGUACGUGCCUAUCCAACAAGGAACUUAUAAAUAUUGAGAGUGAUCUCCCGGUCCUUUCUCAAAUACUUAGUGCUGACAUUCGCGAAGCGUUUAUUCAAUACGUCUUUCGUUGCGAAGCCUUAUUUCAAAUUGGCUCACAAUCUCGCGUCAAGCGUUUCUUCAAAUUCAUCCGCUGGAUGUAUUUUCCUACAGCCGUGCAGGCUGUUCUUGUCCUCAGCACACUUCUUCACAUUGGUUUUAUCGCAUAUGGUUGCUGGGUGGAUGCGAAUUUUGCAGUCAAGUUCACAGACAUUGACUAUAGCGUAUUCACAGAUGCAUCAAAAUAUAUUGCCCUCGGUCAGUCUCCGUACAACCGUGAGACGUAUCGUUAUACUCCGCUACUCGCUAUUGCAUUGCUUCCCACACAAUACGGCUUUCCUAGCUGGGGUAAAGUUGUGUUCUCUGUUUCCGAUAUCGUCGCAGGUUAUCUUAUAACUCGGUUGCUGAGACGUAGAGGUUUUUCCUCAAAACAAGCUGCUAUUUUGUCUUCGGUAUGGCUGCUAAAUCCAAUGGUCAUUGCCAUUAGCGCCCGCGGAAGUUGUGAAGGCAUCCUUGGACUUGUUACUAUGGCUAUGCUCACGUAUCUAGAUGAGGGAAAACUCUAUCUUGCCGGUCUCGUUUUGGGCUUUGGUGUGCAUUUCAAAAUAUAUCCAUUUAUUUACGGCAUUGCUAUGAUGUUUUAUCUGGGCCAUCCUAUACGGGAUGCUGUAACGGGAAAACUUUCGUUGUGGAAUUUCUUCAGCCGUGAUCAAUUCAAAGUACUGUUUAGCUCUCUCUUCUGUUUUAUUGGAUGCAACAUUCUCAUGUACGUGAAGUACGGGUGGCCUUUUCUUCAUCAUACAUAUCUGUAUCAUUUGGGUCGCAUUGAUCACCGGCACAAUUUUUCUGUAUACCAUUUGAUGCUUUACCUUGCUUCCGCUUCACACAACUCACUGAGUCCCCUUAUUGCAUUCGUUCCUCAAAUGGUGCUAUGUGUACUGAUUCCACUUGUGCACGCUAAACAUAACAUUGUCGGCACGAUGUUUGCACAAACAUUUGCCUUUGUAACCUUCAACAAAGUUUGUACAAGCCAGUACUUCAUAUGGUAUCUCAUUUUUAUUCCGAUGAUGUUGCCGUACAACAUUUCAGUUAUAAAGAAAGGUGUAUUCUUUAUUCUUCCAUGGGUACUUGGCCAAGUUUUGUGGCUGUUUUAUGCGUAUAAACUUGAAUUUCUCGGAGAAAAUCAAUUCAAUGCACUUUGGUUCGCUGGUGCGAUCUUCUUUUUGUCGUGCAUUUGGACGCUCCAAAACGUUAUUAAAAAACUUUAG